AACACCCACACACUCCCCGCCGGAAAAAAUGGCCGGCGACCGGAGAUACUACUGUUACAAAGAUAUCCUGCCGUUCGCCGCCAUGGUCACCAUGGAGUGCACCAACGUCGGACUCAAUACCUUGUACAAAGCCGCCACACUCCGAGGAAUGAGCUACCACGUCUUCAUCGUUUACUCCUACGCCGUAGCCGCCGUCCUCCUCCUUCCGGCGCCGUUCUUCUCCAACAGAUCGAGGGUGCUGCCGCCGGUGAAUUUCUCGAUCGUUAGCAAAAUCGGACUCUUGGGAAUCAUCGGGUGUACGUCGCAGGUUAUGGGGUAUACCGGAAUAAUUUACAGUUCUCCGACGUUGGCGUCCGCCAUUAGCAACCUUGUUCCAGCUUUUACUUUCAUCCUUGCUGUCAUUUUCCGGAUGGAGACGUUAUCUUUUUCGAAGAAAAGUACGCGUGCAAAGUUUUUGGGCACGGUCGUUUCCGUGACCGGUGCAUUUGUUGUGACACUUUACAAAGGUCCUAAGCUUAUUUGGAGUCUAUCUCCUCCUCCUAGUCCUUCUUCGGUUUCGGUUUCCCUCAAUUCUUCGCAACCAAAUUGGACCCUCGGCGGCCUUUUCCUAACUUCCGAGUACAUAUUGGUCCCGUUGUGGUACAUCGUGCAGACACAAAUCAUGAAGGAGUAUCCAUCGGAAUUGACUGUGGUGUUCUUUUACAACUUAAUAGUGAGCAUUCUUGCCGCAAUUGUCGGGGUUUUUACGGAACCGGAUUCGAGUGCGUGGAGGAUCAAACCCGACAUAGCCUUGGCCUCGAUUCUAUGCUCGGGUGUGCUUGGUUCGUGCUUGAACAAUAGCGUACAUACGUGGGCGUUACGGUUGAAAGGACCGUUAUUCGUGUCCAUGUUUAAGCCGCUGUCGAUUGCGAUAGCUGUCGCCAUGGGCGUCAUGUUCCUUGGCGACGAUCUCUAUCUCGGAAGUGUGAUUGGCGCAUCGAUAAUAUCGAUCGGGUUCUACACAGUGAUGUGGGGAAAAGCGAAAGAGGACGUGAUAAACGAUGAAGUUAUAAACUCGGAAUCGUCUUCGACUCCGAGAUCGCCAUUGUUGCAAUAUUACAAAGAUGAGGACAUGGAGAGCAAAUAAAUCAAAGCUCCUUGUUACUUAUCAAGUGUAUUAUAAGUGUUUUAACUCUAAUGAAAAAUGCUGUAAAUGAUUAUAUAUUAGAGGUUACGCCUUCGAACU